UGGCAACAAGGGAAAAGGACAAGCUGGACGGGGGACAAAGACAGGGACAACCGGCGGAGAAAGGGAGGGGGGCGGGAUGGAGGAGAGGGAAGAGGAAAUCCAGAUGUUCUCGGAUGGAGAAGGACGUCCAGAAUGAGGCAGCGGAUGACUCCUUUAGAAUGUUGUUUUUAUGCGUGUUGGGAGACGGAACUUGCAAGACAGACAGAUUGACUAAUGCUGCUUUUGUGUCUCAGCCAGUGAUUCCUUCCACUUGAAGUACCCAGAAGAGACACACAAAAAUGGGAUUAUACAGGCGCAAAGUCGGUCCAAAGCACCCAGAGACCAAAGGAACAGCUUUUGUUGUCCACGGUGGGCAUGGCUUAAAUGUAGAAGCCUCUUUUUUAAACCAAAGACUAAAGGAGAGGAGGUUUUAUCAGGAGGAAGCAGCUUCUUUUGGGUAAAGACACUUUGAGGAGUCUGGAGUUUCCUUUAAAAGCUUUUCUAGGAACAUUUGAAUUUGGACAAACUGCAGGACUAUAGUCCAAAUUUGGCUGCUCGUCAAGGACCAUACACCAGUCAAAUAUCAGAGGAUUUCGAUAUCAGCGUCUCCAAGUAGCCAAAAAUCUGACUUCACCUUUCAACCACAGGUAACUCCCGAACACGGAAAAUUGUUCAGCAAAAUGCUGGAAAAGCCUCCAGGUUCUCCUUCAAUGAUGGAAGACCAGAAACAGGUUUUAAGGUUCUAAAAUGACCAGAAUCAUGUCUUGAGAACCUUGGUCACCCAUCCUUAACAUUCAAAAGGAACCAGGACCUGAGGUUGAACAUCCUCCUGCUAUCGUCGCUCCAUCCUUGAGCUCUUUUCCAUCCAUCCAGUGUCACAGCCCGGAUUGUUGUCUAUCCCAGUUGACUUCAGGCCAAAGGUGGACUACAUGCUGGACUAGUCACAACUGUGAAGAGUGCAUUCGCAUUCAAGUUGGAAUUGAUCCCACCACCGCAAAACUCAUCUAUGUGAACCACUAAAUCUUUUCCAGGAACUUUUGACCAAAAAUCUUCAAACCUGCCCGUUUCUCAUCUCUUGCGAUCAUUGGCCAAAGCUGAGUCAGCCAAUCAGACUGAUUUAUUGUUGCGAAUGGACGGCGGCUAGUGUGGGAUGAUGAGUGGGACACACCACAAAGGGCUACAUGGCUUUAGCCACGAAUGCUAACUGACGCAUCAACUUGAACCUUGUUCAUCCGGGUUCACGAUUCUCUGACAAAUUUGGACUUCUACCACUAACUGUCUCUGAAGAUCCUUGAGACGCUUCUCUGGAUGUCUUAAGGAUAUCCCCUCCAUAAACUUCCUUGAACUGAUUUUUCCCUGAUCAGGACAUUAAGUUAGUUCUCCCAGUCUGUCAGAGUUCUUCUACAUAGCUUCUAUGCAAACUAUUCUUCAAAAAAGCGACAACAACUGUAAAUCGUACUUCAUCAUUUACGAUCAUCAUCACCGGAGCAACCGGAGAGCGAGCGACAGAGCAAGAAAGAGAAAGAGAGAGAGAGAGAGAGAGAGAGGGAGUGCAGCAGCAUGGGACUCAGUUGCUUCAAAUCCUGGAAACAUGACAGAGCAGGCUUCAAAGGGAACAGAGACGUGUUGGCCAGUCCAGGCUCGUAUUUCUUCUUGUCCAACAGCGCCGGCCAGGGGGACGAGUGGCUGAAAAGCCUCAACAAGGGAGUCUGGAUCCCUUUCACAGGUGUUUUUGGUCAGCGCCUGGAGGAGACGGUGCUGUAUGAGCGACGUUACGGGAUCCGCUCGGUUCCCCUGGUGGUGGAGCAAUGUGUGACCUUCAUACGCGAGCGAGGCCUACAGGAGGUUGGCUUGUUUCGCCAGCCAGGACGGGCCAGUCUGGUGAGAGAGCUGCAGGAGGCGUAUGAUGCCGGGGAGAGGCCCUCGUUCGACAGUAACACAGACGUCCACACAGUGGCAUCACUGCUGAAACUCUACCUGCGACAGCUUCCAGAGCCUUUGAUUCCUUACAGUCACUAUCAGGACUUCCUGCUCUGCGGCACAAAGCUUUCCAAUGACCCCGUAGAGGGUUUAGAGGAAUUAAGGAAUCUUCUUCAGGAGCUGCCAGUGGCCAAUUUUAAUCUUCUGAAGUUCAUCUGCCAGUUUCUUAAUGAAGUCCAGAGUCACUCAAAAGGGAACAAGAUGAGCUGCCAGAACUUGGCCACAGUGUUUGGACCUAACAUUCUACGAGCCAAGGCUGAGGAUCUACAAAGCAUCAUGGGAGGUGCAGCACUGGUCCAGGUACUGAUGUUAGAGCUGAUCCGAGAGCAUGAGUCUCUGUUCUCUAGAGUCUCUGCACCAGUUCCUGCACAUCCUGUUGGCGGUUUUCAUGCAUCACCAAGUGCUCUGAGACAACCUCAUUUACACCAGCCGCCCUGCCUUCGUCAGAUGUCUCUGCCGCUUAUUGCAGAGCGAUGCAGAGAGUCAGGACAGAAUGCUCUGGAUGAACGCAUUACCAGCUGUAGCUCCACUGCGGCUACUGCCACAGCGAACGUAUCCUCAGGCCACAAGAGAUUCCUGGGCCACCGCUACACGUCCUCCCAUCCGGAGAACUGCUUCUACCCUGUGCCUUCCUCAAGUCAGGCCUUGCAGCAUCAACCCGACGGGAACAAUAUUGAUUACCACCAGCACCUCUCUAGUUGUGGAUCAUCUCCUGUCAAUGCCCAAAACAAGCAGCCUAGAUCAAUCCACAUGGGCCGGAUCGAGGCCUGGUCAGAUCUGGGAGACACAGUGGGUCAUCUAUGGAGUUCUGGUGCCACACAGGACACAGUGGAAGGAGUUGACAUUUCAGAAGUAGUCAGCCCAGGCAGCAGUGAUGUGCAGGAAGACAGCACUCCAUCUGUUUACGACAAUUUGAACAGAGCAUCUUUAAGUCAGAUGAUGGAGGAUAUCACUGGUGAACAUUUAAAGAACAAUGGUGAGGGAGAAUCCGGCGAAGAACCAGAGGAGGCAUGGCAGACGGUGGAUGAAUCCUCAUCGUGGUCUUCCUGUGAGAUUUUACCAUCGGACAAGAGCAGUGAUCCCGAGGUUAGUCCUGAUAUGACGUCAAAGAGGCCACCCUCAAGCCAAGCGGAAGAAAACUGCCAAGAACAGAAUAACCUUGAUAGCGACGACAGAAGCGAGGGCGACGGAGGACACCACCUAAACUCCCCAACAUCCGGCUCAAUCCUAAGCCCCAUCAGCACUGGGAGCUCAGAGGUGUUCCUCCCCUCAGGUCCUCCUCCAGACUUUCCGGGGAGUGAGCCUCAGUCGCAAUCCGGCGAUGCUCAAUCUCUCCUGGCUGAGCUUCGGCAGCAGAUGGCCCAGCAGAGGACUGAGUACCAGGCCAGGAUACAGAGGUUGGAGCGCUGCAAUGACACCCUCCAGCGGCAGGUGGCGGUACUGCGAGAGGGUCUGGAGCAACAGAAGCGCAGCCAGAGCGUGGCCGAGGUCAAGAUCCGCAACAUGGAACGGGCCAAGGCUGCCGCGGAUCGCCGGAACUCGACACUGCAGACCGAGAUGGAGUUGUUCUUUCAGAUGUAUGGGAAGAUGAAAACACGGGAGGGAUGCGAUGAUGAUGAUGGAGUGGGGCGAAGGCGAGAACGCACCUUGAAGAGCCUGUGAGAAUGGAGGGGAAAAGUGGAAUUAGUGGUUGAUGGGUUGUUCUUUCUGAAAAAUCCACCACUUUUCCCUCAACCUAGGAGCCGCGUUUUACUGUUUUAUACACUUAAGACAUAAGAGGAAGCCUUGCUCUGUUCACUUUGCAUGAAUGCGCUUUCAUAAUAAA